AUGGACACGCUGGUGAUCGGGUGCUGGAACCGGGCGGUAGUGCUGUGUGGACAGUUCUGGCGCUGUUUGCUCAAAUGGUGCUACUUGACGUGCUGGAUUCCGACGGUGAAGAAACACCGGCCAGAUGCUCUGCGGCCCGGCAAGUGGGGAAAGCAUCGCUACGUCGAAGUUCACAAUCGGCAGCUGCACUAUGUGGAAAGUGGAUCCAGUAGCCAACCGUUGAUGCUGUUCCUUCACGACCUUUCGGACUUCUGGUACGGCUGGCGCCAUCAGGUGGCGGAGUUCUCGGGCGACUACUGGACGGUGGCGGUCGAUCUACCCGGCUGGGGGCAGUCCGAUGAGUUGGCCACUGCCGGCAGCCAGCCAUACACCGUCGACCAUCUCGCCAGCUACGUCACCGGACUGUUGGAUGCGCUCGGGAAGAGGCACUGCGUUCUGGUCGGUCACGGCUUUGGAGCGCUCAUCGGGUGGCACCUGAUCCGGCAGCAUCCGGACCGUGUUUCGAAGUACGUCAUGAUGAGCCUGCCCCCCUUGGGCGUACUCCAGGAGCUACACCGAUGCGGGGCCAUUCCGCUACGGGUGCACCUGAAAGCUCUGCUGCUCUGUACUCCCGGACUGUCGACGAUCUUGGCCGGGGCCGAACUGGCCGAGCGACUGUUCGCUCAUUUCGUCCAACCGGCGGAUCUUGAGGCGUACAGGUACGCCUUUUCGCAACCGGGGUCCGUUGCCCAGGCGCUGCGGGUUUUCCGCAAUACCUUGGUCCAUUUCCUGCAACAAAAGUACGAGCGCGACUCCCACAAAGUGGCCCCCUCACCGGGUCUGUUUCUUGUCGGAGACAGCCUCCAGGGGGUCCCGUUGGCCCACUACCGAAAUCUGUUGCACCAUCAAUCGCUCGACGUUCAGCUGGUGCGCCGAACCGGUUGGUUCCUGCCGCAGGAAGACCCGGAAACGGUGAACCGCUUGAUGCGCAAGUUCCUGAACAUUAAAGUGCCGCCAGUGAUAGAGGUGGUCCGCAAGGAACUGUGCAUAGAUUGUGCCAGUGCACCGAUACCAGAGCACCGUCAUGCGCGCAGUUGUGCCCAAAACUGCGACGGAGAAGAACACUGGGAAAUGCGAUACAAGGUCAGGUUACCGAUCCAUUCCUGA